AUGGACCGAAUCCUUCUUUUGAUUUGGAUACUCUUUUCUUUCUGCUGUUUCGAAACCCUUGCAGCAAAUGCGCAGAAAUGGAGGUCGCGCUCUAUUUACCAGAUCGUAACUGACAGGUUUGCGCUUAGCGGCACGAGAUACAAUACGUCUUGCGAUCCAACUGCUUUGCGGUACUGUGGUGGAACUUGGCAAGGCAUUACCGAACAUCUAGAUUAUAUCCAAGGGAUGGGAUUCGAUGCCGUUUGGAUCUCACCACCCUUUACUAAUGUCGAAGGAUUCACGCCGUUUGGCGAGGCCUAUCACGGGUACUGGCCUCAGAAUCUGACUUCCUAUAAUGCACAUUUUGGAAUGGUCGAUGAUCUCAAAAACCUCAGUGCAUCUCUUCAUUCGAGGGGCAUGUACCUUAUGCUGGACAUCGUCGUUAACCAUAUGGUUCCUGCAACUCCGAUUAAUACGACAGCUGGGGUGGCGCCCUUCACUGACGUCUCAUACUUCCACAAACCGUGCUGGGUUGGUGAUUACUCGAACCAAACAGAAGUGGAACAGUGCUGGCUCGGGAACGAAACCAUGCCAUGGGCGGACGUGAACACGGAGGACGCUGGUGUCGCUGGAGUGCUGAGCCAGUGGAUCAGCAAAGUCAUCUCGGAUAUCGGAGUCGACGGGUUACGCUUGAGUACCGUGAAGUAUGUCUCUCAGAGUUUCUGGCGGACCUUCACGAAUCAGGCGGGGGUGUUCACGAUGGGUGAGGUAAUCUCUAACAGUACCAACCAUACGAGUCCUUACACAGAGGUGAUGGAUGCGGUGUUGGACUACCCUGCGUGGUUUAAGUUGGUAGCAGCAUUUUCUUCCCCUCAAGGGAACCUAUCGAGCUUGGUGGACACUGUCACGGACUCGCAGAAGUCGUAUGAGAGUGGAGCAUUUAUGACUGGUGCCUUCCUCGAGAACCACGACCAACCUCGUUUCGGUGCAAUUACAAACGAUUCUGCGCUUAGGGCUAAUGCGAUAGUCUGGCCGUUUAUCUAUGACGGUAUUCCCAUUCUCUAUUACGGACAAGAACAGGGGCUCUCUGGAGGAGAGGUUCCAAACAACCGUGAGCCGCUUUGGCGUGCAGGUUACAAUACUUCACAUCCUUAUUAUAAGAUGAUCACGUCACUCAAUUUGGCUCGCAAAGCUGCGACUAGUUCAGGGGAUUAUUUCCUGACAACACCAGUGAAGUUCUUCCGCGGUGCAGAUGGACACACACUUUCUGUGUCCAAACCACCUAUGCUCUCCCUAUUUACCAACGUUGGUCAAAAAAUCUCGUCAUUCGUGCACUGGAAUGUCACGCAGUCGGUGUUUAGAAGCCGAGAGCAUUUAGUGGAUGUGUUGACUUGUCGGGAGCACUUGUCCGCGGAGAAUGGGGGCGUGGACAUCGUUUCUACCAAUGGGAUGCCAAAGGUCCUGAUGCCCGUAUCGGUAGUCAAGGGGUCUCCAGAACUUUGUCCACAGGUCCGUUCAAACCGUGUGACCCGGCAAGUUGACUAUUCGACCUUGUGGUCGCUGAUAGCUGUUCCAUUUAUAUCUUUGGGGUUGACUGCCAGUUUUGCGUAG